AUGGCGUCCACCGUCCACAAUGGAGACGACCAUCAUGGUGUCGCGCUCAGCAAAGUCGACACCGACCAAAACAUAGACGACCUCAUCUACGCCGCCCAAAUCCGGACCGAAGUCGAAAAGACAAUGUCCAUCUGGCAAGCCAUGAAGAAGUACCCCAAGGCCAUCUUCUACUCCAUGAUUCUAUCCUUCUGCCUCGUCAUGGAAGGCUACGACGUCUCCCUACUCGGCAGCUUCUUCGGUCUGCCACAGUUCCGCAAACGAUUCGGCGAGCAGCUCCCCAACGGAGACUACCAAGUCACAUCGGCGUGGAUGUCGGGCCUCCAGAACGGCGGGCAGGUCGGCCAGAUCUGCGGGCUCAUGAUUGCGGGCGUCCUCGCCGAGCGGUACGGGUACAAGAAGACGCUGCUGGGGGCGCUGUUCAUGACCAUCGCCUUUAUUUUCCUGUUCUUCUUCGCCAAGAAUAUCGGGUACUUGUUUGCGGCGGAGGUGCUGUGCGGUUUGCCGUGGGGUGCGUUCCAGACACUCACUACUACGUAUGCUGCUGAUGUGACGCCUAUUCCGCUGCGGCCUAUUCUCACGACGUACGUGAACAUGUGCUGGGUUAUAGGGCAGCUGAUCAGCACGGGAACCCUGCGAGGUAUGCUGCAGAGAGAAGAUGACUGGGCGUGGAGAAUCCCCUACGCGAUACAAUGGGUGUUUCCGCCCAUUAUUAUACUAGGCGUGCUGUUUGCGCCUGAGAGUCCAACAUGGCUCGUACGAAAGGAAAGGGUGGAGGAUGCGCGCAAGGCUCUCCGCGAACUAACCCGCUCGACCGACGAAGAAAUCGACCAAACCAUUGCCAUGAUCUCCCACACCGAUAGACUGGAGAAACAUCUCCAGGAGGGCACAUCCUACCUCGACUGCUUCAAGGGCACGAAUCUGCGCCGCACCGAAAUCGCAUGCAUGGUCUGGGUCGCCCAAGUCUUCUGCGGCGUCUGGUUCGGUGGCAACGUAGUCUACUUCCUGCAGCAGGCGGGCUUUGAUUCCGAAAAGUCAUUCUCCUUUGGCGUGGGCACCAACGGCAUCGCACUGGCGGGCACCAUCGCCGCGUGGUUUGUUCUCCCGCGCGUUGGUCGCCGUGCUUUGUAUCUCGUCGGUCUGACGACAAUGCUGGUUGUGCUCAUGGCGGUUGGAUUCAUGGGCAUUCCGGAUCCGAUUCCCGCGCUGGGAUGGGCGUCCGGCGCCCUGAUGAUGGUGUACGUGGUGACGUAUGACUUGACUGUUGGACCUGUGUGCUACUGUCUCGUUGCGGAGAUUCCGUCUACGCGAUUACGUAUCAAGACGGUGGUUUUGGCGAGAAACAGCUAUAAUAUUGCGUGUAUUGGGGCCAACUUUUUGAAUCCGCCCAUUUUGAACCCGAGUUCGUGGAAUUUGAGGGGCAAGGGCGGCUUCAUCUGGUCUGCGUUUUGUCUGCUUUGUCUGGUGUGGUCGUAUUUUAGGCUUCCUGAGAGUAGGGGCCGAUCACCCGCCGAGUUGGACAUGUUGUUUGAGAAGGGCGUGAGUGCGAGGGAGUUUGGUGGCCAUUAUGUCGAGCCGUUUAGGAGGGAUUUGGUGGCGGAUGGGGAUCACCCUGUCAAGUCUGUGCCUAUGGACAUUGAGAAGUCUUGA